AUGUCGCACGACACGCUAGGCACGGACGGCGACACGCUAGGCACGGACGGCCGCCGCCCUGAUCCCAUGUCGCCCGACGCCGAGGCGGCCGUCGAGACCCGCCGCCGUCUCUACCAGGUGAACGAUCCGCUGAAGAUGUCCGGGGCCAGGGUGCUCUACGAGCUGCCCACCUCGCCCGAGUUCCUCUUCCACGAGGAAGCGCUCCGGACGCACCGCAGCGCCAGCGAUAACCUCACCUUCUACACCGGCAUCGGGUUCUGCGCCGGGACGCUGGCUGGCGGCGCGCUCGGCGCCUGCCGCGGCGUCGGGGCGGCCGAGCGCGGGGAGACGGCCAAGCUGCGCGUCAACCGCGCCCUCAACGAGUGCGGCUCCACCGGCAGGAAGGCCGGAAACCGCCUCGCCCUGCUCGGGUUCCUCUUCGCCGGCACCGAGAGCGCCAUGCGCUCCCUGCGCCAAGGAAAGGACGACUGGGUUAACACCGUGUCCGGGGCGGCUAGCGCCGGCGCGGUCUACGGCCUCCCGGCCGGCCUGCGGGCGAUGGCCGUCCACGGCCUUGCUGGUGGAGUCCUGGCCGGGGCUUGCGUCGCGGGGAAGCCGCUGCUUCGAAAGUUUGCGCCGGAUUUUGCUGCUAGAUUGGAAUAUUUUAGCUGA